UCGUCCUCCAGUUUCUACAGAAAAGCGAGAGGGGAAAAAAGAGCUACUGUGAAGGCUUUUACUUUGUCGGCCUCCCUACUUCUAAUAUCAGUUUACCGUAGACAAACCAACUAGAGGCGACUGAGUGCCGACAACAAUUUUCACCGUCCAACUUCACGGCACACAGAGCGCGAGACCUUUAAAUGUCCCCCAAAUGUCCGGAUGGUCGCGGUUCGGAUAGGCUAGCGUUUAAGUUAAGAUGACCACACUUGGCCGACAAAUCGGGUCUUAAAUCAAUGCAAGAACAUUGGAGCCCAAAUCUUCCCGAUCUUCCCGACCCGAUCUUUCCAAUGCUCUGCUGCUAGUAUUUAUUGCCUUUGCAUUUCUGCAGUGUAUCAUGGUGCGAGAAGAGACUAUAACUUUGACACAAGAGGUUCCCCUGGAUCGGUUGGGACAACAUUGAGCAUAGGAGCCAUGGGGCCUCCAGGGACCACCCAAGAUGGUACAAGGGGACGGACCUGUCAACCAAAAUCUAUCAUGGUUGUCCAUUCCACGCCUGCGGGAGAGAAAAUUCAGUGUGAGAGCUACGUAAUAAAUACAGACACAGACUCGCCUCUUCCUCUUCCAGACAUCAUGCCAGGGACUUUUCCUGAACUUGCAACUGCCAAGCGACGUCAUAAAAGUAUAACAGACAUUCCAUAUCGGGGCAACAUGCGCUUGCCUCCAUCUUCUGCCCUUGGUCUCACAGAGAUAGAGCAAGGCUUCUGGCGUCGCUGUUCACUGAGAGAGACCAACACUGUUUCACGAUACCCUAGUCAUGCCCUCAGUGUUCCUAACAUGGGCAGCACCAGCCCCCUUAGUGUCAUCAACAACAGUCCUCUCCACAGCACCCCACUCUCACCAGUACACAGCAACAUAUCCAGCCCUGCUAGAGAGAUGGAGAGGCAGGCCAAGGCCCGGAGUAAACUCCUGGAGAGUGAGUGCACCCAAACGCCCACCCUUCCUCCAGAAACCCGAGAGCAACUCCGCUAUGUCUCCAAGGAUGGAAAGUGCCGUGUCAACCUGUGUCACAUUUCUGAGAGGGGCCGCUUCCUGUCUGACAUCUUUACCUCUUUUGUGGAUCUCCAGUACCGCUGGUUUCUAUUUGUUUUCAUGAUGUGCUACAUCACCACCUGGUUCUUGUUUGCUGUGCUCUACUUCCUGAAUGCUUCCUUCCGAGGUGACCUAGGACAAGAGCAACCCGCCAGCACACCUGAAGACCACCUCGCCGACCAAAGGCCCUGCUAUUUCGGUGUAGAUGGCUUCAUUUCAGCUCUACUCUUCUCGGUUGAGACGCAGCGCACCAUUGGUUAUGGGUCACGCACUGUGUCUCCCACCUGCCAUGAGGGUGUGCUGCUGGUUAUGAUGCAGUGUAUUGUUGGGUCCAUGAUAGAUGCACUCAUGGUGGGUUGCAUGUUUGUCAAAAUAUCCCGACCUAAAAAGCGGGCUGAGACACUUCUUUUCAGUCGUACUUGUGUUAUUGCCAAUCGUGAUGACCAGCUGUGUUUAAUGUUCCGACUGGGGGACCUGAGGGAAAGCCACAUGGUGGAUGCCAAGGUCCGGGCAAAGUUGAUCAAGUCCCGCCCAACAGCUGAGGGUGAGUUCUUACCACUUGAGCAGACAGAGAUUGAUCUUGGUUAUGAAACUGGAUCGGACCGACUCUUCCUGGUGGAGCCUCAAGUCAUUCAGCACAAUAUUGACUCCAACAGUCCACUCUGGGAACUGGGCCCGGAGCAGCUUAGAUGGCAACAGUUUGAGAUCAUCGUUAUCUUGGAAGGAAUUGUUGAGGCCACAGGCAUGAUGUGCCAAGCCAAAACAUCCUAUAUUGAAACGGAGAUUGAGUGGGGCGCGCGUUUCGAACCUUGCAUGACACUGGAAAAAGGCUCCUUCAGAGUAGACCUGCGUCGGUUCCACACCACCUACCAGGUACCGCUACCUAACUGCAGUGCCAGCCAAGUGCACCAGAUAUUGGCUCUGGCAGAUUGUAAACUUCAAGACUCGAAACCCAGCAGAGCCUGCGGAACCUGGGCAGAGGGGGACAAAGACAAGCAACUGCCUCAUGGAGGAUUCACUAUUGAUAACAUUCUGGAGGAAAGAGUGUCUGAGGGCAAUGAAAGUGAGGGGAGUACAGAAAACAGCGGCUGAUACGACUCAAGGAUUAAAUGUAAUCUAUUUAGGUAUGACUGAAUUGACCUCGCACUUAGAUACUGUUAUGGUGCCUGUCAACACUGCACUGGUAGCACUUCAUCUUACAGCUCGGUAAUUACAUAGGGGUAAUAGAUUGACAAUAGAGCUUGAUAUUAACAAUGGAUAUAUCUGGGUAAUAUUAUGGUGACAUGUAUGUAACAUGGUAAUAAGGGGACAAACACAAUGGGUAAUAAUUGGGAAACACAUUUAAAAAUAGCAACAAGCCAUGACUAUUUAGUAAUAUAGUAAUAUUUUUGUAACAAUAUGUUAACUUUUAACAAUAAAAUAGUUAUGUCAGUGCAAUAUUUGGAUAACACAUGGUAAUAUGGUGACAUUAAUGGGGUAAUAACCUGAUAGUAAUGAGGUUAUAUAGGUUAUAGUUUUAACAAUAUUCUAGGCUAUCAGUGUAAAUUGUUGGAUUCUCCAAACUGGCAAUUAUUAUAUUGUAAUACUGAAAUUCCUCUUCCCUAAUGUUCCAAACACUCCCUUUUGUUUUAUGGCAAUGCACAUUAUAUGUUUAAUGCUGUAACUUGUUACCCGGGAAUCAGCAAAGUGAUAACAGAAAAUGUUAAAGAUGCGGUUGUGGUCAGCUGCCCCCUGUUCCUCCAGCACUUCCUUCAACAUUUACAUCUAUGUACAGACAUACGUGUCUUUUAUUAUCUGUACAAAUAAUUGCCAAUACAGCUGCUGUGUAUACACUUGUUUAUUGAUGCAUUGGUAGUCUAAAACAUGGUAUAUUCAUCCAUUAAAGUCUAUAAAUGAAAAA